UCGUCGUGUCUAAGGAGUGUUCGGUUUCUGUGUUUCAUUUUCGCCGCGCAACUUCUUUUUUUUCUUGAAAGAAAAGGAAAAAAAAAAUUCAAAAAAAAGUUUUAAAUAAUUAAAAAUUUUUUUAUUAAUUUACAAAAUUUUGAAUGUUAUUUAAAUUCAAGAAAAAUGUGAAAUUUUGUUUUGACAAUUUACGUUUUUAAACGGUGGUAAUAGUAUAUAGAAUUAUUUUAAAGGUUCUGAUGCAUAUUAUAACCACGUGAUUAUAAUGAAAUAAUGGAAGAGACUAUAAAAUCCAAGUACUAUAAAAUCCAGGAAAUUAUUUUAUUUUAGUUUUAAUUUAGAGUGGCUUUUUUUUUUAUUAAAAACCGCAUGGUGAAUUUUGUGAUUUGCUGCAAAAUAAAUAUUUUUUCAAAGGAUAUUUUACUCUGAUGAAAAAGUGAAUUCCAGUGCAAUUCCAGUGCAAUAAAGGAAGAAACGCAUUAUUGCAAUGAAGAGGAGUGCGAUUACGUGCUUAGAUCAACCGAGAUCUAAGAACCAAGUGGUUUUCCUAACGCUGUAACAUCAAUGAGAGCCUGGGGGAAAGUGAGUAUAAAGGAAAUUGUGAAAGAGGAAAAUCCAACGAGAAAAGGACACCGAAACGGAACGAAGAGCUUCCUUGGGAUUUUCCAAGUAAUUUUAUACUUGCUCCAAGAUAACGAACAUCAGAAAAUGAAAGGUUGAAAUUAUGAAAAAUGAGUACACGUGUCUUUAUUACCAACAAAUGAAAGCAACAUCACGAGGGAGAUAUUUUUCUAUACAAAAAUAAAUAAAUUUUCAAAAAUUUCCUAACAAAAAAAAGGACAAAAAUUUUGUUAUAAUGAUUAUACGUGGUUGAGAUAUGAAAGUGACGAGACUUUGAAAUGAAGUGAUAAUUUUUUAAAUUCCCAAGUUAUUUAAAAAGAAAAAGUGAAAAAUGAUCUUUAAAGGGUGCUAUCGGAUGAGAUGAAUGGUGUGAGGUGAUCUAAUAAAAAAGAAAGAAGAAGGUGAAGGUGUGUUGUGAAAAAUGCAGGAGAAUACCACGGAAACCUUCCAAUCUACAGGAAGUAUGAGUUUUCCAACAACACCCUCAACAAUUACACCGACUGUGGUAGGAGCAACGAUUAGCAGUAGCGCGACAAUUCCAACUAAUCCGUCCUCGGCCUUAACCCACGUCGCUGUUGCUGUGGUUACCUCCCCCACCACAGAAACGAGCCAGCUCAUUCACAAUGCCACUACACACCUUGCAGAAAACGACGAGCUUGAAUAUAGUAUUCUCGCAGCAUUUUCGGACAUGGAAACCGUCCUCUUGGCUUGCAUUUCCACCUUACUACCUCUGAUAUUCGCCUUGGGAAUUGCAUUCGGUGUUAGGCACGUAUGGAGAAAAUACAGAGAAAGAAGAGAUUCAUCAAAUGGAUUACCAUGGUACAGAAAUGUGUGCUCGAAAGAUGGAACUUCAGAAUCUCUGCAUCAUCGUCCACACUCAGGGAUCGGCACCACUCAGCCAGGAACACAAAUUCUAUCAGCAGAAGAUUUGGUGAAUGGUUUGGAUGGACCAAGAUAUAUUUGCGAAACGGAAGUUAUAGAGGCUCUCACAGGAAACAACGUGGAAUACGUCUCUCCUGGGAACCAUACAAGCAAAAACUCUAACGGGAACAUUAUCACACUGACGCUCAAAAAUAACCACCUCAUCGUUGAAACUGAAGAACGUGCAGUAACGAUGGAAGACAACAACAAAGGCAAAAAAUACCAGGACAAUGGCUGUUCUUUUGUGGUGGAAGUUCAACCUGGCUACCAGAGCGAUGAAGCUGAUGUCAAUAGAGGAUCAUCUGACGACAUGCCCGGAAGGGUAACCGAUCAGCAAGCAUUGGUGCACCGAGAAGAAAUUCCCGAAGAUCACUCCUGCGGUUUCGAAAACACGAAGCUAUUUGGAAGUACUAAUACCGGCCUUUCACAGUCAGAUCUGUCUAUUUGCAGUCAAGGUUCAGUUAAUCCGAGUUAUCGAUACGGAAAUCAAUUGGAGUACGAUGCCGGUCACUUUGGCUACGCUAUUUACGAUUCUGAUUCUCAAUCAAGGAAGCUAGAGGGUUCUUCGAAAUGGGUUGAAUUCGAUAAGUCACCAGACAUCGACAAAACAUUACUAACUGAUUACAAAGCACCGAGCAUAGACAAGGACACGAGUGAAAAUCUUUCAUUUCAAGAGAAUUUCAACAGUUUGGAAUCUCCCCAUGAAUCAGGUUCGUCAUUCGAACAUCAGGAUUCAAGUGAUAUGAGUCUUUCAACUGAUACAGUCAAAUCAAAUCCUAAUCUUCAAGUUAAUGGAACAACGCCAAAUAAACUUGAACUCAUGGAACAAAAAGUUCUGAACAAUGACUUUGGUCAAAUAGAAAUACUAACAAAACCAAUUAUAACCGGAGCGAUUCUUAAAGAAGACGUUGCUCAGGAAGACACUUUUCAGGAGCAGCAGAGGAAGCUGGGUAACGGUACACUGACCCCCGAGCAUCACAAGGCCGAAAGGGUGAAAGAUCAGAAGCCAGAGAGCAGUACAUUUGUUCCCUGCCACAAACGAACCGGAAGCAUACCGCCGAGAUUGAUCGAAGAGACCUUGGAAUUGGAGCGGAAGAAGGCACUAGACAUUUACAGUCAGAUCAAGACCAGCACCAAGAGUAUACUACCGGCGCUAAGUCCCAAGUUUGAACUCCUUCAGAACGAGGUCAGUCCGAUCGAGGAAAAGGAAAGUUAAUCCGUCCUUAAAAAUUGCAACCAGGGACUCUCACAUUUGAAGUUGUACGCAUUCCAAAAGUGAUGGAUCUUCGAUAUAUUAUCAUAAAAAAAACCAAGUCUUUAUAGAAACUUGUCUCUUCAUACACAUUCGAACACAAACAUGUUAAUCUUCCUUUUGUUUACAAAUUUACAAUGUAUGGUUUCAAUGACAAAUUGUGAAUGCUAAAAUUUUUUCAAAUCAACAAACAAAUACAAUUCCAAAACGUAAGCUUUGAAAAAAAGUUUCCGCAAAAUGGAGUAUAAAUCAUUUAUCUACCAUUUCUUCUGAGUUCAAUCUUUCUUUUCUCUCUCGUAUUUCUCCGGUAAAUGAAGAUAAUUUCCAAAGUUCGACAAUCAAGAAAAUUAACCGAUUGCCAAGUUUAAUUUUCAAAGAGAUCAGAUUUAAAAAGAAAAGGGAAUAAGAGUUUCGAGAAUUAACUGUAUUAAAAGCAAGGGGGGACAGGUGAAUAAUUAAAUUGAUUGAAAUUAAUCAAAUAAUGUAUAUUCUACAGUAAAACAAAACCUGACAAUGUUCUCUAAUUAAUUUGAACUUUUUUUUAAAUCACACUUGCAAUUUUUUUCUCUCUCCCGUAAAUUAGUUAUUUUUCUCAUUAUUGCUCUCGGGUUUCACUUUCGUUUUCUUUCUCUAGUUUCUUCUUUAGAGAAGGAUUCACUAUUUUCAAUAUUAAGAAAAUAUUUUUAAGAUUACAUACAAUUUUUUUUGUAAUUUUUUGAAUAAUUUUAACCGCGGUCAAAAUUAUUGGAGAAUGAUAAAUUUUAUAAAUUUAGUAAACAAGAAAUGUAAAGUAUACAGAAAACAAUUGCUAGCUAACGAACUUGCAUAGCAGUGCAUAUGCAUGGAAUUACAGUGAGUAUACUGCUCCACCCACUGCAGUAAGUAGAUUCACUGUUUUGUCAACUAAAUUGCACUGUAUAAUAAUGUAAUUUUCCAUUUGCGUGCCGACUAAAAUAUACAACAUACGCCCACCUCUAAUGUUCGUUAAUAAUUUCAACUAUUUUGUCGUUAAUAAUACCGAUUUCCAACUGUAGAACUUGAUUAGAGUAAACUGGGGUAAAAAGACACUUUUUUACCUUUUUACUCUAUAAAAUCGGAAUUAUUUAUUUCUUUUUCAAAUUUUCAACUGGAACUGACAGUUUGGUUAUUAGACAUUAAAAUCCAUGUUAAAAAUUUUAAUGUAAUUCAU